UACAGCAGCUGCGCUCAACGCGACCUGCAGAUUCAUAAAACUUGAAAACCCCGCCUACUUGACAGCCAGCGUCUGUUUACGAAAAGUCAAAGGAACAGCAUGGAGCGAAGCAAGGUACCUGGGAAAUGUGCCGCCAACUGGGGGAACAACCAGACUUAAAGACAGCCAGCCACGAUGCUCAUAAUGUAGUCUGUCACAUUUGGUUGAGUGAUAUUGACGCCCGCUGACAUUUGCAGCUUGUUACGUGAUUAGGAGCUUCUAGUUUUGUGUGCAGUGGGACUUGUAAACGCGCGUACCCGGGGGCGCAUUUCUGCUUCUGAAUGGUCACCCACACCGACUUAAAAGACAAUGGCGAGGCGUAAAAGGCGCAACCUACUGAAUUGUUGCGCUUAAACCCAGCCUGGACCACUGUACACAGAACCAUCGCACCCGGCUUCUGCGAUACAACAGGGAACCUCGGCGCACUCGGAGCGACAUGGAAAGCCCAACCGAGAACCCUACCAGGGCUGUGGAAUAUUUGAAAGAGCUUAACAAGAUCAUUGAGACCCAGCAGGAGUUGCUGGAGAGGCAGAGGGGAAGGAUAGAGGAGCUGGAGCAGCAAGUGUCCGACUUGUGCAUUGAGAACGCCUGCCUGAAGGAGCAGUACCAGCGGCACCUGGCAGCCUGCAGGCUGCUGCAGGGCAGCAACAGCCUGCUCACACUGGGAGCCAUAAAGGAACAUAUCGCACAGGAAAAGUCUGAAUGUGACUCUUCCAGAAUGGUCAGGAGACAUGCCUCCCUACCUGUCGAAGUGACCGAGAAUCCUGGGAGUAUAGUGUCUGCAGGCCGCAGAAGAGUCGUCCCCUGCCGCAAAUGGAAGUCGGCUUCCUUUGGUGUGGAAGGGGAUGGACGGCCCAGUGAGAGUGGCCCUUCCCUGGAUGGUGGAGCCAGCUAUGGCCAGGGCCCAGUGACUCACGGCUCAGCCAUCAGCCCUGACCGAUUUGACAGCCCGCUUUACAGCCACGGGGUCCAGCCUGGGCCUCAGAGACCCCGUCGGCCCAAGCUCCAGCACUCACAGUCCAUCCUCCGUAAGCAGGCUGAGGAGGAGGCCAUCAAGCGGUCCCGCUCGCUCUCGGAGAGCUAUGAGCUCUCUGCUGACCUCCAGGACAAACAGGUGGAGAUGCUGGAACGUAAAUAUGGUGGACGAUUCAUAACUCGGCAUGCGGCCCGCACCAUCCAGACAGCCUUCCGCCAGUAUCAGAUGAACAAGAACUUUGAACGUCUCAGAAGCUCUAUGUCUGAGAACCGUAUGUCCAGACGCAUUGUUCUCUCCAACAUGAGGAUGCAGCUCUCGUUUGAGGGCCCCGAGAAAGUGCACAGCUCCUACUUUGAAGGGAGGCAGGUGUCCAUGACAGAGGAUGGCACCCCGCUGUCCAUGGUGCAGUCUGAGUGUGGAGAUAUAGAGGUCCACCAACAGGCCAACAUGGCACCUCACCCAGCCCCACAGGGUGACCUGACAGAUGCCAUCACAGAGCUGGAGGACGCCUUUUCCAGGCAGGUGAAAUCUCUGGCUGAGUCGAUAGAUGAUGCACUGAACUGUCGCAGCCUUCAGGGGGAUGAGGGUCCUGACCCAGAGACCAUGGGCUGCUCCAAGGUGGAAAGGGAAGUGCCCUAUCAAGUGAAGUCCCACCGCAGGGCAGCUGGACGAAUGCACGAUGAAACGUUGGCAUCCUAUAGCGAUGUCACUCUGUUCAUCGAUGAGGAGGACAUGUCCCCCGCUAUUGCUCUGUCGAGGUCAGGGGACCAGCCCUCCAGCACAGAAUCAGACUUGCGGUUGCGGUCGGUCAACUCCUCCCAGGACUACUGGCCUAUUGACCCCAAAGAUGAGGGUCGUGACACAGACACGAGCUGCCGCAGCACUCCUUCUCUAGAGUGCCAAGAGCAGCGACUUAGAAUGGACCAUCUUCCUUUGUUGACCAUAGAACCUCCUAGUGACAGCUCUGCAGAGCUCAGUGACCGGUCUGACCGGGGCUCUGUCAAACGGCCGCCUGUGUAUGAACCGCACGGCCACAUUGUAACAUCAUCCCAGGCGAGCCCUAAACACAUUUCCCACGGACCGCCACCGCGAGCUUCCUCCCGUGACGAUGAGCCACCUCUGCGCCACCGCCACCGCCAGCUGGAAAGCCACUUAGCCAUCAACGGCUCAGCCAACAGACAGAGCAAGUCAGAAUCUGACUUCUCAGACGGGGACAACGACAGCAUCAAUAGCACAUCCAACUCUAACGACACCAUCAACUGCAGCUCCGAGUCCUCGUCGAGAGACAGCCUACGAGAGCAGACGCUCAGCAAGCAGACUUACCACAAAGAGACUCGCAACAGCUGGGACUCACCCAUCUUCAGUAAUGAUGUUAUUCGCAAGAGACACUACCGGAUCGGCCUGAAUCUCUUCAACAAGAAGCCGGAAAAGGGUAUUCAGUACCUGACUGAGAGGGGAUUCAUCCCUGACACACCGGUUGGUGUGGCUCACUUCCUGCUGCAGAGGAAGGGGCUGAGCCGGCAGAUGAUUGGAGAAUUUCUCGGCAAUCGACAAAAACAGUUCAACAGAGAUGUCUUGGACUGUGUGGUAGAUGAAAUGGACUUCCAGAGUAUGGAGCUGGACGAGGCUCUCAGGAAAUUUCAGAACCACAUCCGUGUUCAGGGUGAAGCCCAGAAGGUAGAGCGGCUCAUCGAAGCUUUCAGCCAGCGCUACUGCAUCUGUAACCCUACAGUGGUGCGGCAGUUCAGGAACCCUGACACAAUCUUCAUCCUGGCGUUCGCCAUCAUCCUCCUCAACACUGACAUGUACAGCCCCAAUGUCAAGCCCGAGAGGAAGAUGAAGAUGGAGGACUUUAUCAAGAAUUUAAGAGGUGUAGAUGAUGGGGAAGAUAUCCCUAGGGAGACUCUGGUAGGCAUCUAUGAGAGGAUCCGUAAGAGAGAGCUCAAGACCAACGAAGACCACGUAUCGCAGGUGCAGAAGGUUGAGAAGCUCAUUGUGGGAAAGAAACCUAUUGGAUCACUUCACCACGGCCUGGGAUGUGUGCUGUCGCUGCCCCAUCGCCGGCUGGUGUGUUACUGCCGUCUGUUUGAAGUGCCAGAUCCCAACAAGCUCCAGAAGCUGGGCCUGCAUCAGCGGGAGAUCUUCCUGUUCAAUGACCUGCUAGUGGUAACUAAGAUUUUCCAGAAAAAGAAGAACUCGGUGACAUACAGCUUCAGACAGUCCUUUUCUCUGUAUGGGAUGCAAGUCAUUCUGUUUGAAAAUCAGUAUUACCCAAAUGGAAUCCGACUUACAUCAGCGAUUCCAGGUGCGGACAUCAAAGUCCUCAUCAACUUUAACGCGCCCAACCCCCAGGACCGCAAGAAGUUCACAGACGACCUACGAGAGUCCAUUGCCGAGGUCCAGGAAAUGGAGAAAUACAGAAUAGAGUCUGAGCUGGAGAAGCAGAAGGGGGUGGUGAGGCCCAGCAUGUCGCAGAGCUCCGGUCUGAAGAAGGAAGCUGGCAACGGGAACAUGAACCGCGCAAGUCUGGAUGACACCUACACCAUGGGUGAGGGCCUGAAGAGAAGCGCCCUCAGCAGCUCCCUGCGAGACCUCUCCGAAGCAGGCAAGCGGGGGCGUCGCAGCAGUGCAGGAUCACUAGACAGCAAUAUGGAAGGGUCCAUCAUUAGCAGUCCACACACACGCCGGAGAGCCACCACGCCACGUGAGGGCGCACCCCGCGGCCAACCCUCCAUCCCUAAUUCAGCAUCGACUUCCAUCCUUGGGUCGCUCUUUGGCAGCAAGCGAGGCAAACCCUCAUCCCAGAGCCACUCCCCUUUCCCUCAACCUGGUCAACCCACUCUCAUUUCCCACAAGCCCCACCCGACCAACCUGCACCACACAGCACAGGUAGCACAUACAGUGCAACUCCACGGCCACCAUUCCCAGUACUGCCAAGUCCCACAGAACCCGCCGCCUUACCACCACCACCACCACUACCACCCCCCUCCCCACACGCAGUACCACCAGCACCCAGGCUACGCCGCACAUGCACACCAACACCUCCAUUCACAGCACAGCCAUUACAGCCAGCAUUCCCAACACGCCUCGCAUGCUCCCCACCACCACAGUCAGCAAGCGGGUUCGGCACCUGGCGGACCCAAACCUAAACACAGUGGCAUCAGCACCGUAGUGUGAUGCUCCUAACACCAAGAGGAGGAGCGAGGAGGGAACUUAAUGAAAGAGGGACAAUUGCUUACACCAAAGGGACUGACAGCAUAACUCUAUGGCCUGUCCACUGUGUUUUACUGCUGCUGUGAUGGAAACCAAUCACACGCGGUCACCUUUUUCACCUCCAGGUCCAACUAAUAUGCAGGAUGGAAAUCGGACUUAAAUCUUCCAACAGGGGCCUUUUACUAGUUUGCCUGAUCAUGGGCAUGGCCUCGUCAGGGUUUUUGUG